GAAGUACGUUCGCAUUUAGUGAAGUAUCUUUUUGGACAAUUGUGAAAAAAAAAACGACUGCCAUGAAAGGAAUAACGCUGUUGUUCAUAACAGCAGCAGCUCUAGCUCACGCUAAUCCUGCGCGUUUUUUUGAAAAUGGAUGUCCUAAAGAUACCAGUAAACUACUGCCUCAUCAGGAUUGCGGCCGAUUCUUUGUAUGUUUUAGAGAAACAAAGUUUGUUCGAGAAUGUCCACAUGGGCUGCAUUUCAAUGCAGAACUCGAACUCUGUGACUUGCCAAGAAAUGCGAAAUGCAAUUUGAAUCAACUUGAACACCAUUCUGAAGUAAAAUUACUUAAUGGUAGAAACGAAAAUCCAGCAGCAAUAUGUGCGAGUGAAAAUUCUGAAGGAGUCUUGUUUCCUCACGAAAAAUGUAAUCAGUUUUACAAAUGCUCGGGCCGCCACCUAGUUGCGUUCGAUUGUCCAACAAAUCUUCUUUUCAAUGAAAUCAGUAAAAUGUGUGAUUGGCCUGAAAAGGUAGAUUGUGAUAACAGAUUAAUUUCUGACGACAAGGAAGUUGUUGAUAAUAACGGUGGUAAUAAUCAGGAAGGAGGUGGAAACGUUGGUAAUUAUGCUGACCCCAGUGAAGCACCUAAAAUUUGUGCAGCAGAAAACUCGGACGGAGUAUUAGUUGCACAUGAAAAUUGCGAUCGAUUCUACAAAUGCUUUGACGGACACCCGGUAGCUUUGAAUUGCCCUGACAACCUUCUCUAUAAUCCAGAAUUGGAAUAUUGUGACUGGCCGUGGAACGUCAACUGCGGAGAAAGGACAAUUUCUGACGACAAGGAAGUUGUUGAUAAUAACGGUGGUAAUAAUCAGGAAGGAGGUGGAAACGUUGGUAAUUAUGCUGAUCCCAGUGAAGCACCUAAAAUUUGUGCAGCAGAAAAUUCGGAUGGAGUAUUAGUUGCACAUGAAAAUUGCGAUCGAUUCUACAAAUGCUUUGACGGACACCCGGUAGCUUUGAAUUGCCCUGAUAACCUUCUCUAUAAUCCAGAAAUGGAAUAUUGUGACUGGCCGUGGAACGUCAACUGCGGGGAAAGGACAAUUUCUGACGACAAGGAAGUUGUUGAUAAUAACGGUGGUAAUAAUCAGGAAGGAGGUGGAAACGUUGGUAAUUAUGCUGACCCCAGUGAAGCACCUAAAAUUUGUGCAGCAGAAAACUCGGACGGAGUAUUAGUUGCACAUGAAAAUUGCGAUCGAUUCUACAAAUGCUUUGACGGACACCCGGUAGCCUUAAAUUGUCCUGAUAACCUUCUCUAUAAACCAGAACUGGAAUAUUGUGACUGGCCGUGGAACGUCAAUUGCGGGGAAAGGACAAUUUCUGACGACAAGGAAGUUGUUGAUAAUAACGGUGGUAAUAAUCAGGAAGGAGGUGGAAACGUCGGUAAUUAUGCUGACCCCAGUGAAGCACCUAAAAUUUGUGCAGCAGAAAAUUCGGAUGGAGUAUUAGUUGCACAUGAAAAUUGCAAUCGAUUCUACAAAUGCUUUGACGGACACCCGGUAGCUUUGAAUUGCCCUGACAACCUUCUCUAUAAUCCAGAAAUGGAAUAUUGUGACUGGCCGUGGAACGUCAACUGCGGGGAAAGGACAAUUUCUGACGACAAGGAAGUUGUUGAUAAUAACGGUGGUAAUAACCAGGAAGGAGGUGGAAACGUUGGUAAUAAUGCUGACCCCAGUGAAGCACCUAAAAUUUGUGCAGCAGAAAAUUCGGACGGAGUAUUAGUUGCACAUGAAAAUUGCGACCAAUUCUACAAAUGUUUUGAAGGUAAACCAGUUGCUAUGAACUGCCCAGUCAAUCUAUUUUACAACCCUGAACAGGGUUACUGUGACUGGCAAUUCAAUGUUAAAUGCAAUAAUAAAGUAAUUCCUACACAAAAUAAUGAUGGUAAUGGAAACAAUUUUGUUAACCAGUUGUGCUCAGGCAAAGACGAUGAUAUUAUACCCCAUGAGAACUGCAAUCAGUUCUAUAAAUGUGUUCACAGUCAUAUGGAACCCAUGAUGUACUGUCCACCAGGUUUACACUUUAACACUAUAUUCAAAGUCUGUGACUGGCCUAUGAAUGUUGACUGUGGUCAGCGCAAAAAGUAAACAGUUAAUCAGUAUUUUCAAGAUUUACCUACAAUUUUACUCAAAUUUAUGUAAUAAGUACCUACUUAAAAUGUUACUUUUAUUUGAAU